UCUCACCGGAGACCCAAUGAAUGUCAUAACUGUUGUAACUGAGAGAAUUCCUGCCACGCGCAAAGGUCUGACAAAAGAUAAAAAGCUGUCCUGAAGUUUUCUGCAGUUUCGUCAAACGUCUUUUUUCUAAACUGAGGUGUGUGGUUCUGUUGUCGGACGGCGGCGCAGCGGCGCGGAACCGCAGCUGGAGGGAAACGCUUCGGUGGCACAAACGGAUGUUUUCAUCACGAGUUCCCGCUCCCCGUCCGGACCGAAGAGCCCGCACACGCCCCCCCCGUCUCUGGACUCCGGUGGGAUCUGAAGCUUAGCGGUUCUCGUGGAUCCAGUCUCCGCUGGAUCUGGCAACCCGUGGUCUGUCUGUCUGCUCCAGCCUGGUGCUGCUGCCAUGGCCAGAUACCUGAAGCAUUUCAGCGCGGUGGGAGACAAGCAUCAUGGCGGGUGGGAGGAGGAGGAGCUGCAUGCAGUCAGUGAAGAUCUGAGUCCAGCUUCAGGAACCGUCCCAACAUCUCUGACCUUCAGGGAGGCUCUGAAGAGACUCUACACCUCUGAGCGCUUCCAGGUGGCUGUGGUGGCCUUGGUGGUCCUGGAUGCCUUCUUCGUUUUGGCCGAGUUGCUCAUCGACUUGUCCGUUAUCAAGCUGGAUCACGGCCACGUCGCUCCUGAGAUCUUCCACUAUCUGAGCCUGGCCGUCCUCACCUUCUUCAUGAUGGAGCUGGCUGGAAAGCUGUUUGCGUUCCGCCUGGAGUUCUUCCACCACAAGUUUGAGAUGUUUGAUGGUUUGGUGGUGGUGGUGUCCUUCAUCCUGGACGUCGUCUUCAUCUUUCACGAGGAUGCCUUCGAUGGGAUGGGUCUCCUCAUCUUGCUUCGACUCUGGAGGGUGGCCCGAAUCAUCAACGGGGUCGUGGUGUCGGUGAAGACUCGGGCGGAUCAGAGGAUCCAUAAGCUGAAAGAGAGCUACGACCACGUGGUUCAGAGAGUGACGGAGCUGCAGAAGAGCUGCGAUGAUCUGACUCAGGAGAACCACAGACUGAAGGCGCUCCUGAAGGAAAACCAGAUUGACUUCUAGCUCCUCCAGAACCUCCGUUCUGGAUCCAGAACCUCCAUCAGUCCUCUGAACUUCCGGAACAUUGUACUGUUGUAAAUAAAAGUGAAUCGACUCCAAAACACCGACUGAUGAGCAGCACACCGCUCUGAUCCCGUUCACUCUGGAGCAUUGUUGGGAUGGGUUCUGUAUCCGGGCCGAGCGGCGACUGACGGGUCAGUCAGCAACACCAGGACCAGAACCACAGACAAGUUCUGAUUUGACAGAACCCCAUCAUAAACCAGAACCGUCAAGAUGGUCCAGAUGUGAAUGUGUCCGUGAGCGUGUAUGUGGGUGUGCACGUGUCUGAGUGUGUGCAUGUGUCUAAGCGUGUGUGUGCCUCUGAUUGUGCAUGUAUCUGUUACCGUGCACAUAUCUGUGAGACGGCGAGCGUCUGUCAGCGUGGACGUGUCUGUGAGAGUGCACAUAUCUGUGAGCAUGCACGUGUCUGUGAGAGUGCCCAUGUCUGAGUGUGUAUGUGGGUGUGCACGUAUCUGUGAGCAUGCAUGUGUCUAAGUGUGUGUGUCUGUAGGCGUGCACGUGUCUUUGAGUGUGCACGUGUCUUUGAGUGUGCAAGUAUCUGUGAGUGUACACGUAUCUAAGCGUGGAGAUGUUUGUGAGCGUGCAUGUGUCUGAGUGUGCACGUGUCUGAGUGUGGAAGUGCCUGUGAGCAAGCGUGUAUCUGUGAGGGUGCAUGUGUCUUUGAGCGUGCAUGUAUCUGAGUGCUCGUGUGUCUGUGAGCAUGCACGUGUCUGAGCGUGCAUGUAUCUGAGUGCUCGUGUGUCUGUGAGCGUGCACGUGUCUCUGAGCGUGCACGUGUCUACCUUCAGCUCCUCUCCAGAGAAAACCUUUUGGAGGUCUUGUUUUAUUUGCUCAUCAUGAAAGGCUUUUACUCUGAAAGUCUCCCCUCGUGGGUUUGUUCCAUGAAGACCGGUGAGCCCGGUUCUGAUCCACAAUGUACUGGACUGAAAUCAGCACCAUUUCUAUCACCAUUUAUGAAGCGUUUGCUCUCUUUCCCAUCAUCCUCUGACUGAUCCACAGGCCGCUGAUCUUUUUAACGACAUUUUUCUUUACAUGAGAUUUAAAGGAAAAGUUGCAACGAUUCAUCCUAGAGUCUGAAAUGUUUAGUUUAAUCAGAAGAAUCCAAAUAAAAUCCAGAUUUGUACAGG